UUUUUAAAUUUUCUAAUGUCUAAGAGUUUUAUUAAGUUGGCGUUGUCGGUUUGGAAACACUUUUUGGUGAAAUGAUUUAGUGAACAUAGAGGUGAAAUGAUUUAGUGAACAAUUCUGUAGAGGUAGCGGUUGCUACAGAACUAUGCUGCUAGUAGUGACAUACUGCCAUUGCUCGUGAUAGCGUCGCUUAGUAGUUGAGUGUUCGUAUGUGAUUGUGUAUUUUUUUUUAACUUUCUUAAUGAAAUUAAUGAAAAACACUUACACUAUUAAAUAUAUAUGUAUUGCAACUAAUAGUAUUUGUAAUAACUAAACAAACCUUUGCUCUAAAUCAGUAUCAACUUGAUAUUUAUUAAGUAUCAAAAUUCUUCAUUGAAAAAUAUUGCUCUGACAUACAUUAGAAAAUAUGGCACACUAUAAAGGAGCAGCCAGUGAAGCUGGCAGAGCGAUGCAGUUAAUGAAAAAAAGAGAAAUUGCUCAACAAGAGAUAGAAUUAAGGAAAAAGAAAAUAGAAGAUGAUCUAAAGAUACACAAUAUUGAAAACAAAUUUGCAACACAUUACAAUGCAGUUGAACAACAGUUGAAAACUUCUACUAUUGGUUUAGUUACUUUGAAUGAAAUGAAAGCAAAACAAGAGAAUAUAGUAAAAGAACGUGAGCGAAAAUUAGCACAAAAGGAACGUGAAAAAGAACAAGAGAAAGAAAGAGCCCUUGCUGCGAAACAAGCUGAGAAAAAUAAGCAAAAGAAACAGAUACAAGCCUUGUCAUUUAAUUUAGAUGAAGAUGAAGUAGAGCUUUCUGAAGAGGAAAUAGAAUCAAAGGAUACUGAACCAGUAAUAAAAAGAAUAAAGAAAAAUCCAGAUGUGGACACGAGUUUUCUGCCUGAUAGAGAAAGAGAAGAAGAGGAGAAUAGAUUGAGAGAAGAACUAAGACAAGAAUGGGCUAGAAAACAAAAUGCAUUAAAAGAAGAAGAGAUUGAAAUCACUUUCAGUUAUUGGGAUGGUUCUGGACAUAGAAGAAGUGUUAUUAUGAAAAAAGGUAAUUCCAUUUAUCAGCUUCUUCAGAGAUGUCUAGAAGUAUUAAGACGUGAAUUCAGUGAGCUUAAAACAGUCAUGGCCGAUCAGUUAAUGUAUGUUAAAGAAGAUCUUAUUUUGCCACAUCAUUAUACAUUUUAUGAUUUCAUUGUAACAAAGGCAAGAGGAAAGAGUGGACCUCUUUUUACAUUCGAUGUUCAUGAUGAUAUCCGUGUUAUGCAUGAUGCUUCUGUAGAAACAGAAGAAUCUCAUGCUGGAAAAGUAUUACUCAGAUCUUGGUACGAAAGGAAUAAACAUAUAUUUCCUGCUAGUCGAUGGGAACCUUUUGAUCCAACAAAAAGUUAUGAUAAAUAUACAAUAUCAGAUAAAAAUAGGAAAAAAGACAAAAUUUAGUGAAAGAUAAAUUAUAUAGGAAAUAAUUGUACAUAAUUGUAAUUAAUCCAUAUUAUGUUCAGGGAAAUUAGACAAUUUUGUUUUGUUAAUAUAUUUAAUAUAUAUUAUAGUAUAUUUUUGAAAUAUUAGUAUAAUAUUUGUAUAAUAGUAUAUUUGUAUAAUAAUAUAUCAAUAAUAUUUGUAUAAUAGUAUAUUAAUAUAUUUCAAUAUUUAUAAUUUACAAUUUUUUAAUUAUAAAUUUAAUACAUUACUUAGUACAUUUUAACAAAGAUAUAAUAAUAUGAAUUAAUUAUAUAUUGAAAAUUAUCCAUUUUACAUGUUUAAUUCAUCUUUGGCGACAUUUACAAUGUAUUAAUAAUCUGAGCUUUAGUAUUUCAGUUGUAAGAUCAUUAUCAAUAUCCUGCAAACUUUUUAUUGUAUCUAUCUAUUGUAUCUUUUAUACUAUUAAUUGUUGAAAUUAUACUGUUUGUAUCAAACACACAGUCAUUGUUUUUUU